AUGGCGGACUUCGAUGUUACCAGCCGGAAGUUCUUGGAUUGGCUGAAGCAUACCGGUGCACAGAUCAAUCCAAAAAUACAACUGGAGGACCUGCGCGCAAAAGAUGCAGGACGAGGCGUCGUUGCGAAGCAGGAGAUUACCGAGCAUGAGCUUCUCUUCAACAUACCCCGCUCCUCUAUUCUCAGCGUAGAAAACAGCAUCCUAUCUACCGAGAUCCCUCCCGCUACCUUCGCCCUCCUUGGUCCCUGGCUUUCUCUCAUUCUUGUUAUGCUUUAUGAGUAUCACAAUGGAUCCGCCUCAAACUGGGCUCCAUAUUUCGCCGUGCUGCCGACCGAUUUCGAUACCCUCAUGUUUUGGACGGAAGACGAGUUGGCGGAACUGCAGGCGAGCGCUGUAGUGAACAAGAUUGGCAAAGAGGGGGCAAAUGAAGUCUUUAUCGAGCAGCUGCUACCUGUGAUUGAAGAGUUUGCGGAUGUCAUAUUCAGUGGCGACGAGAGAGCUAAGGACAAGGCCAAAGAGAUGCGCGCACCGGAGAAUUUGGAGCUCAUGCACAAGAUGGGAAGUCUGAUCAUGGCAUACGCUUUUGACGUCGAGCCUGCAAUCUCAGACAAAGAAGUGGACGAGGAAGGCUUUGCCGAGGAAGAGGAAGAUGCUGCGCUCCCCAAAGGCAUGGUGCCGUUAGCCGACAUGCUAAAUGCCGACGCCGAUCGAUGCAAUGCCCGUCUUUUCUACGAGAAAGAUAGUCUGGAGAUGAAGGCCUUGAAACCAGUUCAAGCGGGAGAAGAGAUAUUCAAUGACUAUGGCCCGCUGCCUAGGAGCGACCUCUUAAGGCGUUAUGGGUAUAUCACCGAUAAUUACGCACAGUACGAUGUCGUAGAGAUCCCCACAUAUCUGGUCUCACAGACGCUUGCUCAUGACGGGGUUUGGCAUGAGGAAAGGAUCGAGUAUCUGGAUGAACAGGAAAUAGUCGACACAGGGUAUGACAUUGCUGCCAGCGUUCCUUUUUCACUCGAAGAAAGUCUAUCACCCGAGCUCAUCAUAUUGGUUGAGACCAUGCUGCUACCACAGGAAGAGUUUGAGCGCCUACAGAGCAAGAGCAGACUGCCCAAAGCCGAGAAAAUGACCGGCAAAGCAGCAGAAAUUCUUUACAAAAUCGUGCAAGCUCGCAUCGCGCAGUACCCAACGACGCUGGAGCAGGAUUUGCAGAUUUCUUCGCAAACGCAGCCCGCUCAGACCAUGUCGCGUAAAGAGCGCCGGGUUGCUAUGGCCAGGACUGUGCGCAUUGGCGAAAAGACACUGUUAGUACAGACUGAAGAAAGAUUAGCAGAAAAGGUAGCAAGAGACAAUGGCGCAAUGGCUAAGAGGGCAAGAGAUGUGGAUGAAGAGGGUGAUGUAGAAAUGGGAGGAACAGGGAAGAAGCAUAGAGCUUGA